AUGCUCGCAAAUAUUAACCACUCCAUUGUCCAAUCUUCAGGAAUAGUGGCAUCUUCCGUUGCUGCCAAAAGACUACUAUCCACAUCCAGAUUGUUGAUGUUUGAGAACGUUCAAGGAUCCAAGUCCCCAAUUGACGCCAACAAGAAUGGUAACGGCUCGUACGCCUCUUUUGCGCAAUACCGUCUAAAGGUGACACAUGAGGACCCACUUAGUACAAGUGCGAGGAGAUCUCAGCUGCUUAACAAUUCCUCCAAGAGUCUGUCUGAAUCGCUAACAGGUCGUUUUCUUGGUCUUGCCAAGUCGUUCGGCUACGGCAAACAGUGA